AUGAGGCAGCAGUAUUCACAGCAAGCUAAAUUAGACCAACCACAAAGCAGUAGCUCAGAACCAAGCCUAGCAGAUUUGGUGAAGCAAAUGGCAACCAGCAGUGUCCAGUUUCAGCAGAGAACAGAAGCCAGCAUCCAGAAUCUACAAACACAUAUUGGUCAGUUGGCUACAACAGUAAAUGAGCUGAAAUCCCAAGGUUUUGGCAACCUUCCCUCCCAAUCCGUGAGUAAUCCAAGGAAUGUGAGCGCCAUCACUUUGAGAAGUGGCAAGCAGCUUGAAGUUCCAAAUGCUGCAACAGAAAAAUCAACUUCUGUAGAGAUAGAUGCAGCUGAAGAACAACCAGAGUCAUCCAACAAGAGAAACAGUAGCCAUUCUGAACCAAACAUUCCGCUGCCUUUUCCAAAUAGAGUGACUCAAAACAAGAAGAUAGCAGAGGUAGAAAUGGACAAGGAGAUCAUGGAAACUUUUAGGAAAGUUGAAGUCAAUAUUCCACUCCUAGAAGGUAUCAAACAGAUCCCAAAGUAUGCCAAGUUUCUCAAGGACUUGUGCACUCAUAGAAGAAGGCUAAAGGGAAAUGAAAAAGUGAGCAUGGGCAGAAAUGUUUCUGCCAUCAUUCAGCCAAGCAUUCCUCCAAAAUGCAAGGAUCCUGGGACUUUCACCAUUCCAUGCAUUAUAGGAAGCGAGCAAUUCAAUCAAGCCAUGUUGGACCUUGGAGCUUUAAUUAAUGUGAUGCCAAAAUCAGUCUACCAAUCUUUGCACAUUGGAAAGCUCAAGCCAACGGAAGUGGUGAUCCAACUUGCCAACCAAAGCACAGCACACCCUGAAGGAGUUUUAGAAGACGUGUUGGUAAGAGUAAAUGAUCUUAUUUUUCUUGCUGAGUUUUAUGUAUUAAACAUAGAGGAUGAUGUUAAUCAACCAACAUUGAUCUUAGGUAGGCCAUUUUUGAAAACUGCUAAAACUAAGAUUGAUGUACACUCUGGUACUUUAUCCAUGGAAUUUGGAGAUAACAAGGUGCAUUUUAAAUUGCAUGAUGCCAUGAGAUAUCCACUAGAAGAGCAUUCUGUGUUUCAUUUAGAUAUCAUUGAUACAUUGGUUGAUGAUAUGCAUGCGAAUUUGUGUGCUGAGUUUCCUGAAAUUGUAGGCAUUAGAGAUCACUUUCAAUGUUCAGAUUGUGAUGGAAUUCAUGAUUUAUGUGCUGUUUGUGCCAAAUUUAAUGCAUGCAUAUAUGGUUCAAAGUUUGCACAGAAUUUUUCUGAGGAGUUACAUGCUGAUCUUGGAGUUAUUAGAACAGAUUCUAAUUCAAAUUUUGCAGUAGUGGAAAAUACUGAUUGUGCACAUUCUGAUUAUUCUGUGGGUUGUGCAAAUAACUCUUAUGAUGAUCUUUCUGUUGUGGGAUAUGAUAAUGCUCUUGCAUAA